AGAUCCCUUUCCCUCCCCUCCCACUCAUUGGGACGUCAUUUAAGACAUGUUUACUUUGGAGGAAAUAAACGCAUCAAUGAAUCAAUGAUUAGAUAGUGGUAUCAAAAUCAGUGACAAACAGACCCAACAGUUACUGCCUCUGGACUCGCAAACUCUGACACCAAUUGAGACCAAAUCGCGAUCAUGUCUUCGCCACCGAAGGCCCAAAUCGGACCGUCGAUACUGAACGCAGACCUGUCAUCCUUGGCGUCUGAAUCUCAGAAACUACUCAACUGUGGCGCCGAUUAUCUGCAUCUGGAUGUCAUGGACGGCCACUUCGUGCCGAACCUGACAUUCGGUCACCCGAUGGUCGCCAGUCUUCGAAAGGCUGUUCCGGUGGCCCUCUUCGACAUGCAUAUGAUGGUGAGUGAGCCCAAGAAGUGGAUCCAACCCAUGGCGGACGCCGGCGCCAAUCAGUACACGUUUCACUUGGAAGCGCUCGCCGGUGACAGUGAUGUGAAGGACUGCAUCCGACACGUAAAGGAGGCGGGAAUGAGAGUGGGUCUUGGGAUCAAACCCAACACUGCGGUCGAGCGCUUGUAUCCAUUCGUUGAGGACAUCGAUUGCGCUCUUGUGAUGACCGUUGAGCCCGGAUUUGGCGGACAGAAGUUUAUGUCGGAUAUGAUGUCCAAAGUGGAGGCUUUGCGUCAGAGGUAUCGCCAACUGGACAUCGAAGUGGAUGGCGGUGUGGGUCUCAACACCAUUGGCCAGUGCGCUGACGCCGGCGCCAAUUGGAUCGUCUCGGGCACCGGUAUUAUCAACGCUCCCAACCCUCAGCUGGUCAUCCGUCAGAUGAGGGACGCCGUCAAUGAGGCCAUACAGAGGGCACAGUUGGAGCGGUGAUGGCCUACCGUUGCCGCACACACCCGCCCCACCACUUAUGAUAGCAUUUAUAUUUUGUUUACGAUUUAAUAAAUAGUUUUUAAGUACAA